AUGCCAAAUUUGGCUGAUGAGCUAGUUUGCAGACAAAGAGGUGAUCCUGAAAACCCUCAACUGUCUAAGGAUGGUGACAUUGUGUUAGGAGCAAUUUUAGCCUUUCACAACAACUGGGAAAACAGACUGGAUACGCACAAGACCAAACCACUACCACUACAGUGCACUAGUUUGAACUUCAGAGGGUUCCAGUAUGCUCAAGCUAUGCUGUUUGCUAUAAAAGAGAUUAAUAACAGCACAGACCUACUGCCUGGAAUCUCUCUGGGUUAUAAAAUGUAUGAUUCCUGUGCCUCCGUGGCCAGAGGAGUGAAGGUGGCACUGGCCUUAACUAAUGGUAAUGAAGAGGUAUUUCUUAUGUCUGAGACACCAUGUACCAGACCAGCUCAAACACAGGCCAUAAUAGGAGACGUAUACUCCUCUCUUUGCAUGGCUAUAGCUACUGUCAUUGGACCCUUUUAUAUUCCUAUGAUCAGCCACUUUGCCACCUGUGCUUGUCUUAGUGAUAAAGUCAAAUACCCAUCAUUCCUCAGAACAAUACCCAGUGACUACCAUCAAAGCAGAGCCCUGGCCCAGCUGGUCAGAUACUUUGGCUGGACUUGGGUGGGAGCUGUUAGAAACAAUGAUGAUUAUGGAAAUAAUGGCAUGGCCACAUUCAUAGAAACUGCAGAACAGCUGGGGAUCUGUCUGGAGUACUCUGUAUCCAUGUUUAGAACAGAUCCACCAGAAAAAAUAAAAAACAUUGUUGACAUAAUCAGCCGUUCCACUUCCAAAGUGAUUGUUGCUUUCCUUUCUGCCAAGGAAGUCCAUGUACUAAUAAGUAAAAUGUCUGAGUACAACCUGACUGGAUACCAGUGGGUCGGCACUGAGGCCUGGAUAUUUGAUUCUAAAACGGCUGCUAUGGACACACAUCACAUUCUGGAUGGAGCUAUAGGUCUGUCCAUCCCUGAAGCACAUGUCAGUGGCAUGAAAGAGUUCAUGCUGGAUGUUCCUUUGUCAGUUUGCAGUGAGAAGUGUCCCCCAGGAACUCGGAAGGUUCUCCAGAAAGGAAAGCCAGUCUGCUGUUAUGACUGUAUACGAUGUGCAGAAGGAGAAUUCAGCAACAUUACAGAUUCUAUCACCUGUGAACGAUGCCCUCCUGAAUUCUGGUCUAAUGAGAAAAGAGAUGCCUGUGUGAAGAAGGAGACUGAGUUUCUGUCUUAUGAGGAAAUUAUGGGAUGUCUGCUCACUGCAGCAUCUUUAUUUGGAACAUGCAUGACUUGUCUUGUGGCAUGCAUUUUCUUCAGAUACAGGAAAACUCCUAUUAUCAGCCACUUUGCCACCUGUGCUUGUCUUAGUGAUAAAGUCAAAUACCCAUCAUUCCUCAGAACAAUACCCAGUGACUACUAUCAAAGCAGAGCCCUGGCCCAGCUGGUCAAGCACUUUGGCUGGACUUGGGUGGGAGCUGUAAGAACCAAUGAUGAUUAUGGAAAUAAUGGAAUGGCCAUCUUUAUAGAAGCUGCAGAACAGCUGGGGAUCUGUCUGGAGUAUUCUAUAUAUAUGUUUAGAACAGAUCCACCAGAAAAAAUACAGAAAGUUGUUAAUGUUAUUAAGGGUUCCACCUCCAAAGUGAUUGUUGCUUUUCUCUCCCACAUGGAUAUGGAUGUAUUAAUCCAUCAGCUGUCGUAUCACAACAUGACUGGAUACCAGUGGGUAGGAAGUGAGAGCUGGAUCUUUGAUUCACAGAUUGCAGUUAUGGACACUCAUCACAUUCUGGAUGGAGCUAUAGGGGUGUCCAUCCCUGAAGCACAUGUCAGUGGAAUGAAAGAGUUCAUUUUAGAUGUGAAGCCAUUUAUUUCUUCUGGUAGUAAAUUAUUUAUUGAAUUCUGGGAAACAUUAUUCAGCUGUAAAUUUAACCAGAGCAAUUUAUCAGAUGGUAACAAGAAAGAAUGUACAGGAGAUGAGGAUCUGUUUGAAAUACAGAACAGUUUCACUGAUAUGUCACUCAUGCCCAUCUUUAACAAUGUCUAUAAAGCAGUGUAUGCUGUGGCCCAUGCACUGCAUAAUAUACUUGGCUGUAAUGAAACAUGUGAUAACAAAACACCCUUAGAUCCAUUAACGAUUUUACAACACAUAAGAAAGAUUCGGUUCAAAACUAAGGAAGGAGAUGAGGUUUACUUUAAUGAGAAUGGAGACCCUGCAGCAAAGUAUGAAAUAAUCAACUGGCAGCCCACACAAAAUGGUAUUGCGGACUUUGUCACAGUUGGUCUUUAUGAUGCUUCCUUACCUACAGAAAGACAACUGUAUAUAGAAAAAAAUAAAACUAUCAUUUGGACAUGGAACUCACUGCAGGUUCCUCUGUCAGUUUGCAGUGAGAAGUGUCCCCCAGGAACUCGUAAGGUUCUGCAGAAAGGAAAACCUGUUUGCUGUUAUGACUGUAUACAAUGUGCAGAAGGAGAAUUCAGCAACAUUACAGAUUCUGUAAUAUGUGAACAAUGCCCUCCUGAAUUCUGGUCUAAUGAGAAAAGAGAUGCCUGUGUGAAGAAGGAGACUGAGUUUCUGUCUUAUGAGGAAAUUAUGGGAUGUCUGCUCACUGCAGCAUCUUUAUUUGGAACAUGCAUGACUUGUCUUGUGGCAUGCAUUUUCUUCAGAUACAGGAAAACUCCUAUUGUCAGGGCCAACAACGCUGAGCUGAGUUUCCUGCUGCUCUUCUCUUUAACCCUGUGUUUCCUGUGUUCUCUGACCUUCAUCGGCCAACCAUCUGAAUGGUCCUGCAUGCUCCGUCACACAGCUUUCGGCAUCACCUUCGUCCUCUGCAUCUCUUGUGUUCUUGGUAAAACUAUAGUGGUGUUAAUGGCCUUCAGGGCUACACUUCCAGGCAGUAAUGUGAUGAAAUGGUUUGGGCCUGUUCAACAGAGACUCAGUGUUGUGGGAUUUACUCUCAUACAGGUGUUGAUAUGUAUCCUCUGGUUAACCAUUUCUCCUCCUUAUCCUUUUAAAAAUUUCAAAGAGUUCAAGGACAAAAUCAUCAUCGAGUGUGCUCUGGGCUCUGCUAUAGGCUUCUGGGCUGUACUCGGGUACAUUGGACUUUUAGCUUUGUUAUGUUUCGUUCUUGCUUUUCUGGCUCGGAAGCUGCCUGAUAACUUCAAUGAAGCCAAAUUUAUAACCUUCAGCAUGUUGAUAUUCUGUGCAGUCUGGAUCACUUUUAUUCCAGCUUAUGUCAGCUCUCCAGGGAAGUUCAGUGUUGCAGUGGAAAUAUUUGCUAUUCUGGCCUCUAGUUUUGGACUACUUAUUUGUAUUUUUGUCCCAAAAUGUUACAUAAUUCUAUUAAAACCAGAGAAGAAUACAAAAAAGAACAUGAUGGCCAAAGGAGCACAAAAACCUUAA